GGGUCUUGCCACUUCUACCUAUCUUGGGUAGGUACCUACUAUCGGUACUGCAUGCUACCUAGCUAGGUAGGUACGAUAGUUGCCCACCUCCCUAACCUAAUCUAAUGAUCGGGAUGGGCGAGGUUGGCAAGUCGAACCCUAUAUAAGCUUUCCCACCCUAUGCUACCCCCUUCGAGGCGGGGCAUAGAUCAAGAAACCCCUUUAAACCGAGCAAUGCAUUCAUCCAAACUGACGUGGAGGUAGCACACCACACGUUGUAACGCACACACGAUGCCUAGACACCAUCUCACGGCAAAUGCAUGCACUCUUUGCCGCCGGAAGAGGACGAAGUGCGAUGGCAUAACACCUUGCAAAAGGUGCAGGUCUCGGGGCGAGAAGUGCGAGUAUGAAGACAAGACCUGGCGCACAAAAGACUUUCUACGUUCCGAGAUCGAGAAGCUCCGUAAAAAGCUGCGGCGAGCUUACGCCCUGAUUCGGGCCUUGACAGUGGGCGGCAACGCCGAGGGGUGGAAAGACGUGAUGGCGAUGAUAGAUGGGAUCGAGUCACCGGAGGAGAUUGCUCGUUGGUGGUCCAUGAACUCAACAGCCUUGAAAGGACCCGAGUCUUCAUCUGAUCAGCAACCCACAGCUCGCGAGGCAAAACUUGAGCUAGUUUCGCCCACCUCGAUGUUCUCUCCCUCGAUAGUCUCUCACUCGGGCUCCUCCAACAUGGAAUCGUCGCCAUCCUUGACCUUCGGCGGCUCACCAAGCAUGCCCGACAAUGACAAGAGAAGCCCGCUUCAUCCCGGCUUGAAUCCUUAUCACUUGUUGGAUCCGGCUGGCUUUUCCUUCGUGGAUAUUGGGAAACCAGCAUUGGCCGACUUGGACUUGCCUGGCCCAUCUCUAAGCCACAAUGGGGCUAGAGUCUGUCAUCCUCCUUUUCUUUCCUCCACCGCACCGCACUCGACAGCUGGUUCUCAAUGUUCUUGGACAUCCAUGCCAAUAGACUUUCCGUCAGCCCAUCGAGUUAUUUUCCGAUACCUCACCGAAUCCUUCCCGGCGCUCCCCUUCAUAUGCCGAGACCAAUUCAUGGAGGAUUUCCGAAGCGGCACUCCGAGAUACUGCUCCAAGGCUCUGGUGAACGCAAUUCUCGGCCUCGCAUUCCAAUCGUACGACACGACUGGAAUGGCCUUCUCGAGCGCCGACUUCAUCGCCGAGGCAAAGAGGCUGCUUCGCACCGAAGACUGUCACGCCAACAUCCCCAGCAUCCAGACCUUCAGCGUAUUAGCACUCGUCGAGCUCAGCCUAGGUAAUGACGAUAGCGCCUGGGGCUACGUGCAUGAGUGCGUUCGGAAUUCCAUCAUCCUGUCCCUCAGAGGAGGUGACCAAUCCAAUCAGGUUGGGAGUCAAGAGCACAAAGAGGUCAUGGCAAACACUUUUUGUGGUGCUUCGUCUCUGGGCCGAAUCCUUCGCCUCCUUACAGGGUUUCUCGCUCCCGCGAAUGGGUUCUUCUUCAUGCGGAUCGGCAAGGAUGACAUUGACUCUCCUCAAGACAUGCCGCGCGCGCGGCUUGAACGAGGCUUCGCUUUACAUGCACACUUCGAGGGGCAUUUCCCCAAUUGCCACCCCUCCGCCCAGUUUGUCCAUCGUGUGACGGAGGUUGUUCAUUCAUUCGCGACGUUCCAUCACGAGAAUGCCACGUCGACGGCAGACCUUGAAUUCGCCUAUGGCGAGUGCCUGGCUGCGUGGAAAUCCUUCGAGCCCAAGCUCCCCAUAGGUACCGACAUAACACGAGAAGCCUUGUUUGCCCAGAUCUGGUACCAUUAUCUCCUAGUGGCGCUCUUUCGGCCCUUCGCCGACGAUCCAUUGAUCCUCAGAGACGGCGCCUCCCCUAAAGUCGUGUACGACCGCUCAUCUCUAGCCAUACUGCGCCACGCCGACACGUACGAACGCGCCUUCACGUUCAGACACGCCCCCGCCGUUCUCCCACACAUGGUCUCGGCCGCGACUCUAGCGCAACUAUCCUUGGCCAGCCGCGGCGAAGCCCCAAACCCCGGCCCGGAUCCAAAGGGCAAGCGCCACUCGGUGCCGCAGCUUCCCGUCCAGGCCCCUGCCACCGCCACGGCGCACUCGCACCGCCGCGGGGCAUCGCUGCAGGUGGCGGCGUCGCACGCCGCCGCCGCCUCGGACGCCGCCUCCCAGCAGCACCGGGCCUCGGUCGCCAUGGGGACGCGUCUGCUCGUGCAGAUGGGCGCGCGACACCCCGCCGCGUCCGAGACGGCGCGGUUGCUGUGCGACCUCGGCGCCGCGGGUUCGGCCGACGUCUCCUGCCCACCGCUCCCGCCGCUGCUGAUGGAGUUGCCCCCCGCCCCCGCCCCCGCCGCGGGACUGCCGGCGGAGGUCCCGCCACCACCGCGCCUUGGACCUUCUGCUAAGGGUGUGACUGGCGCCUGGUUGGCGACUGUGGGACGGAGCGGGGAGGCUGCGGGCGGAGGAAGGGUUCAGGGGAGCUUCGACGCGGGCUUGGGCCCGGGCUUGGGAGCUUCGUACCUUGGGCCCGGGACGCAGCAGCCCGGCCUUGGUCCUGCUACUUUCCGAUGAUGGCACGACGUUUCUACAGCUUGCCCUCGUUUUUCACCGGGCUUGUAGGAUAUUUUACCUCAGUUUAAUUUGCUUACCUCGGGUCUUUUGGCAUGCUCAGAGUAGUGAUUAUCUUAUUUUUGGGACGCAAGCAUUGCUAUAUCAGCAGGCACAGGAGUAUUGGCAGGCCGUGAUGGCAUAGGGGCAUUGUUCUCACGGGUUAUCGAGAAACUAGGUAUUAGGCAUGUCGCAAGAGGGGAUCGUGACUAGAGACUGGUAACUAACUAAGACUCCACGGCC